GGCCCCACCGGGCAAAACACCAGCGAACCGGCCUCCAGCUGACGCGUGCGCGCAGAAGAACGCCAAGCGGGGGUUUCCAUUUGGCUGCGUCGCCCUCCCUCUCUCGCUUCGUUCCGGCGUAAUGGGCAGCCUCGGCGGCGGCGGCGGCGGCGGCGGUGGGGUAGGGGCCAGGCGGCCGCGGUUCCUCUGCCUGCACGGGUUCCGGACCAGCGGCGAGAUCAUGCGGAAGCAGGUGGUGGGGAAGUGGCCCGCCGAGGUCACGGCGCGCCUCGACCUUGUCUUCGCCGACGCGCCUUUCCCCGCCGAGGGCAAGUCCGAAGUCGAGGGCAUCUUCGACCCGCCCUACUACGAGUGGUUCCAAUUCGACAAGGACUUCACGGAGUACAGGAAUUUCGAUAAAUGUCUGGCUUACAUUGAGGAACUGAUGAUCAAAGAAGGGCCCUUUGAUGGAUUGAUGGGUUUCUCCCAGGGUUCGAUUUUAUCUGGUGCGCUUCCGGGUCUCCAAGAGCAAGGAUUGGCUCUGACUAGAGUUCCUAAGAUUAAGUACCUCAUAAUCAUAGGUGGCGCCAAGUUCCGCUCACCGGCAAUAGUCGAGAAGGCGUAUGACAACAAGAUCAAAAUCCCCUCGCUUCACUUCCUCGGUGACAAUGACUUCCUUAAACCUCAUGGUGAACAGCUCAUAGAGUCAUUUGUGGAUCCAUUAAUCAUACGUCACCCAAAGGGACACACGGUUCCACGGCUUGUCGAUGACAAAAGUCUGGAAGUCAUGUCCGGUUUCCUCGAGAUGAUGGAAAAACAGAUAUCUGAGCAUUCAUCCGCUACCGCAGACGCACCGGCUGAUGUUGACGAAAAAGAAAUGUGCAUGUGAUAGGACCUGGAAGAUUAGUACCUGAACACACAUAAAUUUCGUAUUAUAGGCAAGCAUACACAGUUGUAAUCUUGACCUCCUUAUUUAUGUGAUGGCGCAACUGUGGGACUAUUCAAUAUAAUCAAUCAUACCUGAAUGCAGAAUGAUUGAAUAAGUAUUGUGUAGCUAUUA